UUUCUCACCUGUCCCUUACUGCUUCAAGGAAACAAAGCCAAAGAAUCACAAACACAGGAGGUGUUUGAAUGAGUCUGUAAACCUGAAGAUUUAGUCUUACACUGUAUGUAUGAACGUCUGUGAGUGUAUGCAUUUCUGUGAGUUUGAAGUGUUUAUUUGCCAUUAUGACUCUAAAACCCAGGAGAUUUUCACUGGACAGCUCUAUCGGUCUGGACGGAGUCGGACCCAUUGGCGGAAGAAGAGGCAGCAGCAUGUUUAGUAGUAAGAAAUCUAGACAUAGUCUGGACGAUGCCCGACUAGAGAUCCAUGAGCUGAAUCACAGCCUCAACAACAACGUGACCCUCAGGACGCAGACCAUAGCAGAGGAGAACCUUGAUCAAUCAGAUGGGCUCUUCAGCAAUCAUGGCUUCCUGAAAUACAACAAAAGCUUCCACAAACUGUUUCAAGAGAUACCUAUGGGGGAGAGCCUGACACACGCAUUCACCUGUGCCUUACAGAAGGAGGUGCUGUAUCAUGGAAAACUUUUUGUUUCUGACAACUAUGUGUGUUUCUACUCAUCCGUGCUGCUCAAAGACACCAAGGUGGUGAUUCCUGCGUCCAGCGUCAGGGAGGUGAAGAAACAUAACUCAGCUUUAUCUAUGUUGUCUAUUCAGACUGCUGAUGGAGAGAAGUACUCAUUUGUGUCUUUAAGGCACCGUGAAAUGUGUUAUAAAGUCCUCCAAACUGUCUGUAUACAUGUUCAGGAGAAAACUGUCAGCCCGCUCUCCUCUGCAGAGAAUGAAGCUGAUCAUGAAAUGGCCUCCAGUUAUUCCAGUUUGGAAGACUGUGCAGAUCAUGAUCUGAGCAGACAGGAUAGCAUUUAUCUUGAUAACAGCUUUCAUCAGAUGUCCAGUGAAGAUCCAACAAGAUACAACUCCACCCAUCAAAGCAGCUUAGCGGAUGAAGACGACAGAGCUGCAUUGUGGAUUUGGAGGAUCAUCGAGAGGGUCACACCGUUCUUCCUCCUCAGAGAAAUUCAGAAUUUCAGCAGUCUCUUCUUCCUCUACUUGAUGCUGACGGUGUUGCUCCUGUUGGCGUCUGGGUACAUUGGGCUGAGAAUCAUGGCACUGGAGGAGCAGCUGCAAUCUUUGGGAGCCCUGACUGAGUUGACUUUACACCACAGAGAGUACCAAGAAACAUAACCAGUGGCAGGAAACAAAUCCUUUUAGGAACUCAUGCAAUGCACCACUCUGUUAAGAUCCUGCUGUAGAUUGAUCCUGUCUAGACAGACUCCCCAAAGCAUCUUAGCAGUGAAACAUACAGUAGUAUAUUUUUCAGUGAAAGAAGUUUUGUCCAAAGAAAUUUACAGUGACUUCACUCACAGUAGAAAUUAAACCGCUGUGUGAGCAACAUAUACACACGAUGCAUUUCAGCAAUAAGAUGCUUUUGGGAUGUCUGAACCAGACCUCACAUGGUGAACAACAUGGACGACAGACUGUUGGCAGAGAAGCACCAGGACAUUAUUUCUGUUAGGAGUGCACUCGUUUUCUGCUGACAGAUCAAAAAAUUGAUGCACGAGGAUCUCCUGCACUGAGCCAUAUGGAGGCAGCCUGCUGAAGCCAUGUUUAUUUCCUGGCCCAUGAACAGCUGAGCUCAGCUACAGUAGGAGAGGUUGCUGGAGUCUUGGCCAUCUUAGAUCAACACAACCUGCAACACAGAGAACACAGGGGUGAAUCCUAACCAGGAGGAGAAGGAAGCCCUUUGUUAUGCUUGAUUUGAAAUAAUUUGUAUCUUAGGAAAUCAGGGUUCACAUUGUUAAGUGAUGGAGCCUAGUGACAUUUUAUUUUAAUGACAACAAUCAGCCAGCAGAGGGCAGUCACUCCCUAAAACUGUUCCAUGAGGCACCAAAGAAGGAUUUCACUUGCACCAGAAUGUCUGCAAAUUACAAAUGUUAAUUUUUUUCUACAGUCCUUUCUGUAAAUAGAUAUUGGAGAAUUUAUGACAUGACAAUUGCAUUUAAUAUUUGGUACAUAAAUUAUUGGAUAUCUGCUCUAUAUCGUGUUCAUUUAAAAAAUACACAGGUGUAUGUUUGCAUGUUUAAAUCUGAUAUUAAUUGAAACACAUUAAACUAUUCGAACCCUGUACAUUAUCUGAAUGUAUCCCAGCCAAUCUGGGAAUACUGCAACUUUUUUAUCACUGACUGAUCUUUUACUCAUUGUUAUUAUCUUAUGCGCUCAUGAGUAAAAAAUUUUUAAAACAAUAAAAAAACAAAACAAUA